AUGGUAAUAAGCAAUGGCUCGAAACCAACAAAAGAUGAUCUACCUCAUGAAACAUCAACACAUGAUCAUCUAAUUUUUGCACUAGUCGGAGUCUAUUUAGGAUCAUCUCGCAUAGGCAAUGGAAAAGAUCAAAAAUCAAGAGUCAGAGUGAAUUAUACCAGUAAAACAUUCGUUAUCUAUUCUCUAACAGAGAGUGAAAUCACUCCAGAAGCAUUACAAACAAUUAAAACUUUUGAAAAACUUUCUCAUCAUCUAGCUGAAUUACACGUUGAUCUUAAGAAACAACUUUGUAAACACAUCAUGCAUGCACCACGACGUAAUUUCAGUCAUUGUAAAGAAAAUACAGAAGAAACACCGUUUAUGGAAGACUAA